GGAUGCCCAUUUGUCGAAGCGGCAGCGCAGGGUCCCCCUUCAUUCUCCUCAGUUCUGUUAUGGUUAGUGAUUACGUCACCGUGAUCAGACCGUCCAGUGUUGAAUGGUACUGCAGCUAAUCAACGCUAAUGUGUCCUUAACAAUGAACGGCGGCGGCCAUUUUCUUGUAGUCCACCAGAUGCACCGUAAGAAGCGUUAGCCUGUUGGAAUCAGAGGGCAGCUGAAUUGAUUGAUGGUUGCAGGGGCCAGCCCUGCUCUUACCCUCCCAUUACAGAGCAGAUGGCCGUGAUUUAUCUUCUUGUCACCUGACAGAGAAGCCAGCUCAAGCUUUAUUGUCCCCAUCAAUAUUACAUCCCAUAAUCUUCAGGAUGGACAAGGAGCGAAAACAUGUCACUGACGCAAUUUUAAAUCUCACUCUUGAAAUCAUCUACCUGCUGACUGGAGAGGAUUAUACAUUUGUGAAGGAAUUAUCCACUAGUCUUAUUAAAAGGAGCUGUGUUGGUUCCCAUGUAUCGGAAGGAUGGAACAGGAAACGGACCCUCACCACACAAAGAAACAAUGAGCAGAAGAUCCUCAAACUCGCCAACAAGAUCACGGAGUUGCUGACUGGAGAGGUUCCUAUAAGAUGUCAGGAUGUCACUGUCUAUUUCUCUAUGGAGGAGUGGGAGUAUUUAGAAGAACACAAAGAGGUGUACCAGGAUGUUAUCAUGGAGAGUAACCACCUUCUCACAUCACCAGUUAAAUCAAAUAAGAGAAAAAUACCAGAGAGAUGUCCCAGUCCUCUUCAUCCAGAAGAUUCUACAGAUGAAUAUCACAAGAUCCUUAAGAUUGAUGAAAUUACAGAUCUCACCAAAAUCAAAGAUGACAAAGGUGAAAACCACUCUGGUUCUAAAGCUGAGGUUGUAGAUGAAGGACAAGAAAAGUGUAUGAUGGAUUUUCAUGAGUGUGACGAGAAGGAAAGUCCUUUAGAAGUCACCCCAGAUGGACACACAAGCAUGAACAGCUCAGAAGAACGUAUCCUCAUUUCUUCAGAUUAUGAGACGGAAGACAAUGACUUCAGAGAAUUUUCUUCAGAAGAAAACUCCAUUAUCCCGAAUAUCUAUCCAUUGUUUUCUAACCUCCAUCUAUCCUCCAAUCCUUUUGAGCCAAGGAUACAAUUCCCUGGUUUCCCAAACUUUAUUCCUCACAGUCAACCAUUCAAACCCUUUCAAACAUUUCCUUGCCCUGAAUGCGGUAAAUGUUUUAACUGGAACGCCGAGCUAAUCCGACAUUUGCGCAGUCAUACUGGUGAGAAGCCAUUUUCCUGUCCGGAGUGCGGAAAGUGUUUUACACGCAAGUCUACUCUGUUUAGACAUCAGAAGGAUCACUCAGAGGAAAACAGCAGCAAGAGCCCCUUAGAGGAACAUCCAGCAUUAUCUCCAACCUGUGACAUAGAUGUCCGCAACAUCAAACAAGAUUUACCAGAUGAAAUCCCUAUUACUCCUGAUAUGUAUCCCAUAUUUCAUAGUCCAGAAAUUGGUCCAAUACCAACUGAUCCUUCUGACCAACAUGUCUGCUUUCCAAACACCUCCGAUAUUAUCCCACACCACAGUCCGUUUAGACGCUAUAAGAUAUAUCCUUGCUCUGAAUGCGGUAAAUGUUUUAACUGGAACGCCGAACUCAUCAGACAUCAACGCAUCCACACAGGGGAGAAGCCAUAUCCAUGCCCCGACUGUGGAAAAUGUUUUGCCCGUAAAUCAACUCUUUUCAGACAUCAGAAGAGUCACACUGGCGAGAAACCGUUUCUCUGCUGCGAAUGUGGCAAAUACUUCACCCGAAACGCAAACCUUCUUUUACAUCAGAGAAUCCACACAGGCGAGAAGCCAUUUUCAUGUACAGAGUGUGGGAAACGUUUUUCUCAAAAGUCUUAUCUCCUAGCCCAUCAGAAAACUCACACUGAUGAAAAGCCUUAUUCAUGUGCGGAAUGUGGAAAGAGGUUUUCACAAAAAUCUUGUCUUUUGCUGCAUCGGAGAAUUCACACAGGAGAGAAACCAUAUUCAUGUUCAGUAUGUGGGAAAACUUUUGCACGGAAAGGAAUCAUGUUGAGCCAUGAAAGAACGCACUCACAGAUGAAAAACCAGUUUGAUUAUCUGAAUAUAGACCGUUACUCUAGUUAAAAUCUAAGUAUAAGAAUAUAUAACCUUGUCUUCCCAAUUAUACCAAGAGUACUGGUUGCUGUAAGGCUUUUGGAUUAUUUAUUUUUUUGGCAAAUAUUUUCCCCCUUUUUUUAUUUCACAAAGCCCGUUAUCGUACCCAGGUUAAAAUGACAUUUUAUAGAAAUGUUGUUGGUUUUUACCACAAUGUUUUAAUAUCUAUUUAUUUAUGUAUUUAUUUUAAGUAUAUUUAAUAUUAUCAGAACUUCACAGCUACCAGUACAGUAGACUAAAUAUUUGAGUUCUGUAUUAUAUUUGGUGUUUUUUUUUUUUUUUUAUCAAUUUCACACUUUUGUGUCUGAUAUUUAGUAUUGGACAAUGGAAAUUUUUGAAAUUUUUGUUGUCUGCUUUUAUUACCAGCCUCUGUUGUAAUGUGAAAUAAGCAUUUCAGGAUUUUUUUUUCUUUUUGCGUUUAUAGUGCAGCAAAGGCUAUUGUUUCUUGUGUAUGCAUUUUUCUUACCUCCUUUUUCUGACAUGGCAGGCACAAGAUUUUGGAUUUACAUUUUCCAGAAAGCCUCUGGCUGUGGGUUUGACUAUUGACAUAAGACUCAUAAAUGGGUUGGUGUCAGUUCAUACUGUGCAGUUUUCUUUUCUUAGAGUAAUUUUUUUUUUUUUAAUAUUGCCUUGAGGCAAAAGUGUUUGAGCUAUAAGCACAAAGAGGUACUCCGGUGAAAAACAUUUUUUUUUUCAGAUCAGCUGGUGCCAGAAAGUUAUAUAGAUUUGUAAAUGACUUCUAUUUAAAAAUCUUAAUCCUUCCAGUACUUAUCAGCUACUGUAUGCUACGGAGGAAGUUGUAUAGUUUUUUUCUGUCUGACCACAGUGCUCUCUGCCGACAACCUCUGCCCGUGUCAGGAACUGUCCAAAUUUAAAGCAAAUCCCCAUAGUAAACCUCUCCUCCUCUGGAAAGUUCCCGACAUGGACAGAGGUGUCAGCAGAGAGCACUGUGGUCAGAAAAGAACUACAUAACUUCCUGUGGAGCAUACAGCAGCUAAGUACUGGAAGGAUUAAGAUUUUUAAAUAGAAGUAAUUUAGAAAUCUGUUUAACUCUUUGGCACCAGUUAAUUGGUGAUUUUUUCUUCUUCAAAGUACCCUUUUUAAAGUGUUUUUGAAGAUUUUACGACUUCGUUUGUUCACGUUACAUUUUAUUGCAUUUUCCACAAAUUUUUACAGCAUUUUAGCUGUUUUUGCAGGGAUUUUCCAAAACCAUGGUAAAAAGUACCUGUUUUUACCAUAUUUUGCACAUUGGACACAUUUUUGCCAUGAUUUAGGGAAAUGUAAUGUGUGAACAUAGCCUCAUGGGAGGUCUAUAAAUUCUGUAUAUCCUAAUCCAAUAGAGACAGCAGAUAAACUACAGAUGGAUGUCAUCCUGUAGUCCACAGGAAGUCGGAGUCUGACAUCCAGUUGUAUCUAUUAUGUACUGGAGGAUUUGGAGAGUCAGAUUGGUGAUCACAUGACCUAUUUAGAGCAAUGUUAGAGCAAUGCCCCCAUGCUGGGAUAAAAAAAACGGUGCUGUUGGACCAAUGAUGGUGAGUGUGCGUGAUAUAGGGAAAAAUGAUGUGCUUGGCUCCUAGUUGGAACAUAAGCCCUGUAUGUAAGUCAAUCAAGGUGGAGUGGGGGAGGGAGGAGAUGUGCUGCUGCAGCUCAGCACAGCUUCUUUGACAUUCAAGCUCUGAGCAUGAUGUAGAGCUGCCAGAAACCCUUUAAAGGGGUGCUCCCCUGGAAAAAAUUUUUUUAAAUCAACUGAUGACAGAAAGUUAAACAGAUUUGUAAAUUACUUCUAUAAAAAAAAUCUUAAUCCUUCCACUACUUAUCAGUUGCUGUAUGCUCCACAGGAAGUGCUUUUCUUUUUGAAUUUCCUUUUCUGUCUGACCACAGUGCUCUUUGCUGACACCUCUGUCCAUGUCAGGAACUGUCCAGAGCAGGAUAGGUUUGCUAUGGGGAUUUGCUCCGGCUCAGGUCGUAAAAUGGACAUAGGUGUCAGCAGAGAGCACUGCGGUCAGACAGAAGGGAAUUUCAAAAAUAACUUCCUCUGUAGUAUACAGCAGCUGAUGAGUACUAGAAGUAUUAAUAGUAAUUAGAUAUCGGAAGUAGAGCGUGCACUCCCUGGCGGUGUAUUUCCAAUCAAUGGUGUAGGUGCACACCUGAUGGGCUGGUGGAGGUAAAUGCAGUGGCCUUCAGACAAUCACGCUGACACCUGCGGGGUGCAUACACUAGAGUGAGGCAUCAUAGAAUUCACAACAACAAAAGAGAAGUGUGCACUCACCGCAGGG